AAACUGAGAAACAGAAAGUAAUGCUAGAAUCAUACAAGCUGCCAUUUCAUAUAAACUGUAAGCACAGAGGAGGAGAAAGGGGAAGGGAAACCCGUAGGAGGAUGUUCCAGGAGACGACGGCUGGUGAAAAGGCAGCUUUUCAUUCCAUCGCUUUCAUAUUUUCUCGCCCUGCAACUUGCCCUCUCGGGGAAGUGUGUGGGCUAUAGGUGUGAAGUUCUGACAAAAAAAAACCCCGGUAUUAACGACGCUGUUGGUGAGCGGUGCUGAAGGUGAUCAUGCUGGUCCUCCUGCUCUUUACGCUCGUUGCAGGUGUAUGUCCCUUGACACCUCAGGAGGUGUAUGUCAAGGCAGGGGAAAUGGUGGUGCUGCGCUACAGAGGGUGUAAUCAUAGCGACACUGAAUUGCUCUGGAAAAAGGAUGGUAACCAGGAGAUGCAUUUUUACAACAUGUCGGCAGAUGAGCAGAGAAAGAUUGGUGUGUUGGUUUAUAGGAACAGCCUUCUGAUUCUUAAUGCAUCUGUAAACCAUCGAGGGAAUUACUCGUGUGGUUCUCUAAGGAAUACAAUCAACCAGGCCCGGUUCAUGUUGACAGUGUACACAAAACAGCCCAAAGAGUAUGAAGAGAGGGGCAAGUACCCUGCAAAAUGUUACAAAGAUAUGGCCUGCACGUUAACUUGUCCUGAUGUAAACCUCCCUGCUGGAGAUACCCCCAAUAUUACAGAAAGAAGCAUUUCAUGGACCAAGGAGGAUGGGGAAUCACCUAAAAAAUAUCUCCACGGUGUGUACUUUGCGAGUGCAAACGUCCAGCAUACAGGUGUCUACACCUGCACCAGGUCUUACAUGUACUAUGGUCAAAUCUACAAUAUGACCUUUACAGUUCAACUUCAGGUUAAAAACGGAAAGCUUCCGACAUAUGGAACUAUCACCUCGCCAAAAAAGAAUCAAGUAUUUGAAGUAGAACUGGGCACAACAGUCAUGAUUGAUUGUAAUGCCACCAUGGAUUCAUGUGAAGAUUUGCUGUUCUGGCUUAGUGGAGAGUCAUUUGUGAAUGAGGCAGACAACAUCUCUCGAGUUUUCUACAAUUGGACAUGCAAUGAGGAUGCCAAAAAGAUGAGAGCAUCUUUAGUCUUCAGAGAAGUGUUAGAAGAAGAUCUGUCCAAAAAUUAUACCUGUAAAUUUCAAAGUGACCAUCAACGUUCAGAUUUAGUCUCCAUCACCAUCACCAAAAAAGCUCAUUAUUCAUACAGUCCCCUGGCUUGCUGCAUUAUCACCAUUGUGGUAGUGAUAGCUGUGACAGUAGUGAUUCAUGUGAAGUUUAAAGUUGAUAUCGCCCUCUUCUUAAGAGACAGCCUUGGCUGCCGACCCAGCACCUCAGAUGGAAAAAGCUACGAUGCCUUCUUGAUGUGUUACAAGAGCAACACUAAUGGAGGACUGAAUGAAGAGGACAGAAAAUGGCUGGAGAAUAUUUUGGAGGAGAAAUUUAGUUACAAUCUCUGUCUUUUUGAUCGUGACGUCUUGCCAGGAAAAGCUGUAGCUGAGGCUGUGUUGGACUGUAUAGAGCAGAGUCGGACGGUGAUUUUGGUUCCCAGCCCCUCAGAUCCUGAGUUGGGAUCCAGCUUGCUGAGUGCCAUCCAUGCAGCCCUCGUAGAGCGGCAGACUCGAUUGAUUUUCAUCAACACUGAGCAAAGAGGGAUGUCAAAAUCAGGCUCAUUACCAGAGGCUUUGCAAAUUCUAAGUGAGGCUGGAAAAAACUGUGUGACCUGGAAGGGCAGGCCACCCUCCUCCUACUUCUGGAAGCAGCUACGUUAUCGUUUACCAGCACCACAAUUUGCACAGAAAAUGUCGCUUUUACCAUAGACCAGUGUAAAAAUUACUUCUUAAUGUAAUUUCGCCCAAGCGAGAAUUAAUGUCCUUUAUCAUAUCAGCUAUAAGGAUCUGAUUUGAUAAAUUUAUACUACACAUACACUUGAUUAGAAAAAUAAUACUGAACUGACUGUAAGCAUGUGUAAGUUGAUCUGCAUAAUAUCUUGCUUUCUUUUUGUUAUGCCAGUAUUACAAUCGUGCGUUUGAUUUGACUCGGAGGUUGGAAGUUGGAUCUGGGAAUUAGCACUCUUUAAUGGGUGAUGGCGGAGCUAGUGAGUCUUCCCCGACUUUCCGAGUUGGAUAUCUAAUUUCAAGCGGCAUUCUUGUUGAAUUUCCAAGGAAUUUGGAAAAUCUGACUUUUGAGUACAAAUGGACUGCACCAUAAGAUGUGAGACAGAAUAAGUUUUGGAGAGACAAACCAGAAACAAUACAGUGAAAGUAUCAACAUUAAUAACCAUUAUUAUAUCUGCCAUGAUCUUAAUAGCACAAAGGUAGUAUUGCAGCAUAGCAACACAAAUAUGUUUCAGUAGACUCUACUGGACUGUCCAUAUUUACCGUGAAGAUGUUAUUCACCAGAACAUCUUUACCAAACAACUAAUCAUAUCUUGUGAAAUAUAUCUGAUUUCAGAUUUAUUAUUAAAACCCAUUACAUGUA